CUCAUCCGCUUUUCUACUGGUUGGUACUCCCGCAUCGGGACCCCGCCUGCCGCGACACACAUCACCGUAACGUGACACGUUCCUAAGCAACAAUGGCUGCUCAGGUUUUUGCUACCCCCAUGCUGGCUAAGUCCUCCUUCGCGGGCGCCGCCGUCGUCUCCAAGGCGGCCAAGGCCCCCGCCCGCGCCGCGGGCAUGGUGGUCAAGGCGCAGGGCACCGACUACGGCCUCGGUCUCGAGAUGAAGACCACCAAGGAGAAGAGCAUGAAGGCCGGCCGCGCGCCCGUGCCCCUCGAGCUCGAGGACAUGCCCCUCCCCCUCAACACCUUCAAGAACAAGGCCCCCUUCGUCGGUACCAUCAAGUCCGUCGAGCGCAUCGUCGGCCCCAACGCCACCGGCGAGACCUGCCACAUCAUCAUCGAGCACGGCGGCAAGAUGCCCUUCUGGGAGGGCCAGUCCUACGGCGUCAUCCCCCCCGGCACCAAGGUCAACUCCAAGGGCAAGGAGGUUCCCCACGGCGUCCGCCUCUACUCCAUCGCGUCCACCCGCUACGGUGACGAGUUCGACGGUAAGACCGCGACCCUCUGCGUCCGCCGCGCCACCUACUGGUGCCCCGAGAUGAAGGCUGAGGACCCCGCCAAGAAGGGCAUCUGCUCCAACUUCCUCUGCGACGCCAAGCCCGGCCAGGAGGUCAUGAUGACCGGCCCCACCGGCCAGGUGAUGCUCCUCCCCAAGGACCCCGCCACCCCCGUCAUCAUGGUCGCCACCGGCACCGGCAUCGCGCCCAUGCGCUCCUACUACCGCCGCUUCUUCGUCGAGGACGUCAAGUCCUGGGAGUUCAAGGGCCUCGCGUGGCUCUUCAUGGGCGUCGCCAACUCCGACGCGAAGCUCUACGACGACGAGAUCCAGGAGUGCAUCAAGCGCUUCCCCGGUCAGUUCCGCUGCGACUACGCCCUGUCCCGCGAGCAGACCAACAAGAACGGCGGCAAGAUGUACAUUCAGGACAAGGUUGAGGAGUACAAGGACCAGAUCUUCCAGCUCCUCGACGGCGGCGCGCACAUGUACUUCUGCGGCCUCAAGGGCAUGAUGCCCGGCAUCCUCGAGAUGCUCGAGGGCGUCUGCAAGGAGAAGGGCAUCAACUACGAGGAGUGGCUCGAGGGUCUCAAGGAGAAGGGCCAGUGGCACGUCGAGGUGUACUAAAUACCUCUCGGCCCCCGCAGCGUCGCGCCAGGCGGAUCGAGCGGAAGUCCCUCGAGCCGCCGCGACGCACGCGUGUUGAGAGUUGUUUGGUGCGCGUCAUACGCUAUUCUUCCCGCGCUGUUUCUCUUUUUUCGCAAAGCUGGCGUCGCUCACAUUUGUUUAGCGUCUGGGCGGCGCCCGUUUGUUUAAAAGAUUCAUGUCAUCAUUGA